UUAACUAUUUUAAUUAAAUUAAUCUUUGAGAUUGUGUUUUAUUUUAGCAUUAAUUAAUUUUAGCAUUAAACAAAGCAAUAAGAAGAAUAAAUAGUACAUAGGUCACUAAAAUGAGUUUCCACGUUUUGCAUAAUUGAUGUAUUCUUAUUUUGUUAUAUUUAGGUUAAUGUAAUGGAUGCAGUGAGAAGACUGCAGAAUAUUCAGUACAUCACACCUCAGAAUGAUGUAGAAAACUAUUUAAAGCAGAUCAUGAAUAUUGCGGCUUGUGUGAUGCAACAUGCUCCCGACCCAAAUGAGCUAGCACUGUUUGGAAUGGAAAUAUUGAACACAAACGAGGAAUUGGUGUCUACACUGAUGAAGAAUUCAUUUCAGAACUUCAAGACCAUCAGAUUAUCUGUCCAAAAUUUAGAGGUUCAAGUACUCAAACUCGGGCGUAACGUCAACAGCACUAACAUCCUGCAACUCAACACAAACAGUUCAUCUGUGCAGAUUGAUCUCACUGGACUUUCAACAUCUAAAGAUGAAUCCACUGCAGUGGCCUUCAUGAGCUACACCAACAUGUCGGACAUCCUUAAACAGAGCUUUUUCAACACACUGACCAGAGAAUCUACAACCACAGUGAUGUCAAAUGUGGUGUCAGCAAUAUUUCAACAAACCACCAACACAUACCUCACCAAGCCAGUCAACUUCACCCUCAAACACAUCAUGGUUACUUUGAAAAAUCUCUACGAAAAAUCAAUAAUAAGCAUUUAAAUUUAAAUAUAAACACUUUAAACUGUUGUUUUUAACAAUAUCUUUUUUUUCUUAUUUGGUUAGCCUUUAAACCCCCAGGCCAUCCUUUCUUGUAUGAACUGGAAGACAAACACAUGGAAUACGUGUUCGAUCAUACAGACGAACAACACUCACACCGUGUGCUCGUGUCAAAGUAUGACGACUUUAGCUGUUAUCAGUCAGACUGACCCAUGCAAGUUUAAUUUGACAGUACAGUGUGCAAAGCAGUUCCUGGAGCAAAUUCAGUAUAACAUUCCUCAAGACUUAUCACAGGAGAAUGUACAAAAAUAUUUGACCAUAAUAAUGAAUCUUACUUCUAAUGAGAUGAAAACCUACGAUUCCUACGGGAAUAUUUUAAUGGACGUUACUGAGAAAUUGGCGUCAGCCCUGGUGCAGAAAAACAAAACCAUCAGCAUCUCUCUCCACACUUUCGAGCUUCAGGUUAUCACAGUUGAACCGCAAGACUUCUCGACAAACCUCCGUCUCAUCACAAGUCAUGCCUCUAUGGAUAUCAAUCUAACUGCAAAUUUUAAUGAAAACAAAGGACGAGUUGCUGUGGCCUUCAUGAGCUACACUGACAUGGCAGACAUAUUAAAACCUACCUUCAUCAAAACAUUUACAGACACAAAGAAAACCAUUAUAUCCAUGGUGGUGUCAGCAACACUUCCCAAUGCCACCAACACCAACAUAACUGAACCUGUCAGCUUCACCCUGAAGCACAUCAAAGAGGUAGCACCCUACCAUAUUCUCUCCUGUGUGUACUGGGAGAAACACAGAUGGGUUUCAAAAGACUGUAACAUCACAAAGACCAAUAGCAGUCACACUGUGUGCUCAUGUAAUCGCUUAGGGACCUUUGCUCUCAUCGUGCAGUCUGAUCCAUGCAAGGAUUAUUUGUCAAGAUCAUGCACACUGGGCUUCCUGUAUCAAAUUCCUUUUGAAAUUCAUCCAGAUUUACCACAAGAGAUGGUGAAAAAUUAUUUGUACGUCAUAAUGAAUCUCACGACUCGUAUGAUAGGCAAAGUUUUUGAUCAAAAUCUUCUCGCAUCCUAUGGAGAUGCUGUAUUGAAUGUAACUGAGCAACUGGUGUCUACACUGGUGAGAAAAAGGAAUCCUUCCAUCAACAUCAGCUUGUCUGUACAAGAUUUAGACGUUACCAUAGUGGUUGCACCUAAUAUUUCCUCAAGUAAAAUUCUUCAACUCUGUACACAAUAUGCUUCUGUGGAUAUCAAUUUUGCUGAAAUUUCAACAAACAACAAUGGAUCAGCUGCUGUGUCCCUCAUGAGUUACACCAAUUGGGAAAAAACCCUGAAACCUACUUUCUUUAAGAGAAUUACAAGAACAAAUAAGACCAUGAUGUCCACUGUGGUGUCUGCUUCUCUUCCCAAAACUGCCAACACAACCCUCACCAACCCUCUAAAAAUCACCUUCAAACAUUUUUACGAGUUCAAGCCUAAAGACAUUCUCUCCUGUGUGUAUUGGAAGACAGACACAUGGCUUAAUGCUGGUUGUAGCAUCAUAAAGUUUAACAUCACUCACACAGAGUGCUCAUGUGAUCACAUAGCUACGUUUGCUCUCAUCCUGCAGACUGACCCAUGCAGUAGUGACCAUGUCAUAAACACGCUGAUUGCUGUGGCUAUAAUAGUGGGACUCGUAUUCCUGAGCUUGUCUAUAGUGACAUUAUCCCUUUAUUCACGGAACCCAGUGACCAACGCAGCCCUGAUAAACCUAUGCAUAAACCUUCUGCUGUUUCACUUUCUCAGCCUGAUCAAGACUCUUUUCCUGGCCAACAUUCAAUCCCUGCAACUGCGUGCAGUGCUGGCUGGAUUCCAGUGGUAUUUUUUAAUGUCUGUGUUUGUGUGGAUGUUCAUUGAAGCUGUGCUGCUCUACAACUUUAUGAAGAACCUUUCUAAUAUCACGUCAAUCUCAGAGCAAGUGUUUAGCUGGAAAUGGUUAAUUGUGAUUGGAUAUCUUACUCCACUGGGUGUACUGGGCAUGUCUGCUGUUCGCUUUCCUGACGAUUACAUCGAUGAAGAAUGCUGGUUUGUGGAGGAUGAAAAUCUGAUAUUUAUUUUUGCAGGUCCUGUUGUUUUCACUUUUACAUUAAAUCUGGUCCCCUGCCUCAUUACUGUUAUCAUCAUGAUCGUCACUCUUAAGAAGUUGAAGAAUGAAAUCUUGCACACGAGUUCCUCUGCUGAGAAGAACCUGAUCAUAUGCCUGAUGCUCAGGAGCCUGACUCAGUUUAUCAUUCUUGUUUGCUACUUGAUAUUCCUGUACAUUCCCAGCAAGAACGGAGCUUUAUAUCACGCCUUCCAGUUCCUUAACUCCCAGCAGGGUACCUUCAUCUUCCUCAUCCACUGUCUCUUCAACCAAGAGGUCAGGCAGAAGUGCAGGAAUGUUAUGUGUGUUUUGUGCUUCUCCAACAAUCCAGUAGGAACCUCUAGGAGUGUCAGGGGACAAGCAGAAGAUUAACAGGACAACUAAUAAGGGCUGAGUAAUAGUGACUCCAUUUAUUUUUUAUUUUUGAAGGAUUCUAUGAGAAUUUUUUUCAGUUGUUUUUGAUUUUAUUUUUACAUAACGCAAGAUUUCAAUGUUUAGAAUGAAUGGUGAAAAAUGUACAGUAGAUAAUAGAAAAACAGUAGCAAGUGUAAUAUAUAGGUCUAGUAAACAAAGGCCCUUUAAAUAAAAAAAAAAUAGAAUCAUUGAGUCACUGUAAAAUA